AUGGCAUUCCGCCAACAUCACCGCCCCCAGCCUUCGCGACAGCUCUCCUUCCAUUCCCCAGAACGGCCAGCCGAAGUCGGACCUGUCUCCUCACCACAGCGGAAGCGGUCCUUAGAGGAAUCGGAAGAAUGGGUCCUCUUCUCUCCUAUUGCGCCCGAGUCUACUACCACCCGCACGCAGACCACCUCGACCGAGCGAACCCCGCGCACCGCUGGCCUGUCGCGCCUCAGUGACUUUGGCUCCCUCGACACCGCCGCGCGUUCUGACCAAAGUGACAAUGACGACAUUACUUGUCAAGGGACUGAAGCAGAAGAAGGAGAGGACUUGGAUAGCUUGGAUGAUGGUCUGCACGCAUUCCAUGAGCCUUCCGAGUACGGCGCAUCGGCCAGCCGAUUACAACAGAGUGGCGACACAGUCCUACCAACACACGAUGGACUGGGUACUUUCCAGCCCGGCGCAUCAAUGCAGGAACACCUGUGGCAGUUUGAGCGACAAGCACCACGGAGACGACACACUCGCCGGCGAUCUAGUGUCCAGCGAAGGCUCGAUGCCUUAGAGGAGGCGGAAGAAGUGAAUCACGAGCAUGAUCGGCGGCAGAGGAUUGAGAGGUGGCGGCUAGAGCAAAGCAGGGCGCUGCUAGAGGAGAUUGAAAGAGAGAGUAGGCGCAGGCGAAGAAUGAGCAUGGUGAGCGUUGCGCGGAGCCGCACCGAUAGCGCCCAUCAAGAUAACCGAAUUUCGGCCGCUUCCCGGGCAGCUGCCUCUAUUUCUGAUAGCCAGAGUGAGUCAUCGGAUGACAGCACAGAGAAUCUUUCCUUCUGGCAGCGGCUCACAAGGAGAGUGAUCCGGGACUUGAUGGGGAUAGAUGAGGAUACACUCUCUGUCAUCUUUGGCGAAUCUCUACCGGAGGAAGCCUUGUCCGCCCCUCAACACGCUCCGGAAUUGAGAUCACCUGCCGCCACUACAGUACAGGCCCUGGACAUAUCUACCUUUCCUGGCGAACCGUGGGAACAUAGACUUUUAGAGAGGGUUGCCCGAGAGCUUGGCAUCCUAGUUCACCAGUUGUCUGAACACCCAGGGGCCUUCUCCGCCUACCGAAGCGCACAGGAAGCUCCAGAAUAUGCAGGAAUCACCUCGAGCCGAUCUACUUCUAUACUUUUAACUGACGUUCCGCCACUGACAACCCCGCAAUCCUCUAUUCCUUCCCCUACCGCCGCUCUCUUCGCACCUUCUCUUCCAAACCAACAGGCUUCCAACAUGUACAGUGAGGCUUCAUUAUGGGGAAUCGAAGAGGAACCGGAGGCGGACCCUUUAGUAUCUUUUCAUGUCCAGCCACCAGCCCCUAUCCCAACCGUAGCGGAAGAGAUGGCGCGUGAACGAGAAUAUUGGGAACGGGAACUGGACGUCAAGAUGGUGUUCAAUUUUCUAGUCAAACGCUUCUCCUCCCGCCGAUCCAGUGUCUCGUCCCAAACUCGGAGAAGCAUGAGUGCGCCUCCGGGCCAACCCCGAGCCGCGACAGCGAUCGACAGCGAUUCCGUAUCCGCCCGAAGGGCCGCGAUCAUUCGACAACACCACCCUUUAGUCAGUAUCGCGAGUAGGACUGCAGAUCGUGUCCUACCGUCGUCAUCAAACCCCCGCGAGAAUCGAAGAAAAGAGCUAAUAUAUCGACACCAAACUUCACUCAGGAAUCAGGUACUAAGGAGUAGCUCGUCAUGCGCUAGUCAAAGCACGAAGAAGAGCAAGCGCAGUGCUGGAAGUGGACGUAAUUACUGGGACCUCGGUGGGAGUGCAAGUGGAAGUGUUCUAGCCGUUAUCACAAGAUCUUGGUGGAUAGACUGGAAUUUGGGUAAUGACAUUGGCCCAUUGGUUAGGCCGAGCAGCAAUGACCCGAGCAACCAAGCGUGGGCUGUCUUUGGCGUUUGCGUGGAUUUGGUUUGGUUGGAUCCUUUUCGAUACUCUCACUCUAUGUUUUUAGAUACCACGUGGAUGUAUGAGGGAAUUUGGAGUGGUAUGAGCAUGAUGCAUGAUGAAUGCUUGUUCGUCCCAUUCAUAAUAGGCAUCAUCAGGCACAAAUCUGGUUACAUGGCUGUAAAUGCUGCGGACUUACGCCUUAUUUCCCUGAAACUUAAACUAGAUGACGAAUUGGCGUGGAAGGAGGGCUUUCACAUCACUUCUUGGAAGCCUUCCAUGGUUACAGGCAGUUGGGCACACUGCGCUGCUAUCACGACGCAUUUUGAGCGCACUGGAGAUAUGAAUCUUCACCCAAUACGUCAAGCAGAGUGCGCAGCUCUCUUACCGCAGAAGCAAUAUUGCUACAUGAUCCUAUUCGAAUCCCUCAGCUUUAUUUCGCCCUCCCUCGGCCUCCGGUUCUUCCACCAUCCGUUUCUUUUACAUAUCCCCUUUAUUCUCUACUCCACCAGGAGCCCAGGGCUAUCUCGCCUCAUCUCCAGCUCCUCCGGUCUUCUUUCAGACAUCAGCUCGUCUUUAAGAAAAAAGCCCUGCUCUCCUCCUUCACAAACUGUAAAAUAUUUGGGCAUUGUCAAGGAGACCAUAGACAGCAUUCCAGCUCCGUCACAGCUGCGGUCGAUCAAUGAAGGAGAUGAUCUCAACAAGAUAGAGUUUAACCUCUCCGGUCUAGGUCAAAGACACAACGACAUCCCAACACAACGCCAGAAAGAGCUGAUGGAUACCGAGCCGGGGUGGAAGACUCAUAAUCCGAAGCCUUCAUUAGUACUACACGGAUACUCUACAUCCAACGACGGCCCCGAGGAUUUCCGAGGCCCUGCGACAGUACCACUAUAUCACGCUCACCCUGACGACUUCCUACUCCCUAAUCAGGCUACAAAUGAAGCAGGUGCUACAAUCGUAACGGCCCGAUAUGCUAGCUCAAAAGGAGAAUUAGACGAUCUGGAAGAUAGCGGUUAUGAUAUAUAG